GAUGGAUCUUCAGCGCCACGCUGUAACGAGCAGUAUCAAUAUCGGCAGCUCAGAACUCCUGUGGAAUCGCUCAUCUGAAGGGCGAUAAGUUGGCUAGCGGGGAAGGCGCGUGCUCUGGAUCCUCGUUCGCUACAAAUCAAGAGCUGGCCCUCCGUCGUGUGGUAUGUCUCCUGGAGGAAGCUCAUGAGCAGACAAACAAGCUCUCUCGUUUGUGAAGUCGAUACUUGCACGGUCAAAACAGAAAGGGAAAACGACUUCGAUCCGCUAAAAUCUUCCUGAAUCACCUAAGGGAUCAGAACGUAAUUGGAUAACAUCUAGCUCGGCAAACUGCAUUAGGCAAGGUGUCAAUAUGGUAGAGGACGACAACAGUGGCGCUGCCGGCAUGGAGGCACUAGGGCUCCCUUCCUCCUUCUCUUUUGGCGGCAGCGGCCCUUCAAGAUCCAAGGAGCACGGCUCCGGAUUACAGCAGACAGAUGCGCCUAACGCGCGUUCGCAGCCACGGCAUGAGCGCGGCGGUGGGCGAGGAUCUGGGCGCGGGCGAGGCGGCCAAGCGCAACAAGGGGUUGGCAGCAGGGGCCGAGGUGGAAGAGUGGGUGGGAGGUCUCACAGUGCCGGGCAAGCGGGCCCAGGCCCAAGGGCAGGUGAGGGAGGUGGAAGAGGAAGAGGCAUCGGUCCUGGCAACCUUAGAUACGUUAUGAAAAGCGACUUGCAGCCUAGUACGGAGCCAGUGGUCUAUUUCAGCCCGCGGAUGCUCGAGGAUCCUUGGGCGAACGUGCUGUUCAAACAGUCGGGCUUGCACAAAGGCAAAGGCCGAGCCGAACCCGGCGGGGCCGAUGUCGGUCCCGCACAGCCCAGGCGAGACGGCCAGAGUCACAGCAACAAAGCGGGGCUACCGUCGCAGGCUGCUGCGUUUGAGCGCGCAGCGACCAGGAACGAGGAGGAGAUCGAAAUUAAUUUGUCGGAUCUCGAUGUUGAUGGUGAAGGGGAUAGUGUCGGACCGCGAGAAGGCGAGCUUGACGUCCAGAGCAAGGCAAGCGGAGGCGAUGGCGGCCACGUCCCCCCGUGGACGAACGAGAGGAUAGACGCGGGGAGUGAUGAUGAUAUUUUGUAGCAAAUGUGGAAGCGUGGUCACAGGCCAACGGUUUUGGUUCCCCUCCCCUUUCCGUUGCCACGACCUCUGUCGGGUAUGUCUGUGCACCCCAUCGUUCAUCAGCGCACACAAGCACGUGCAAUGAGCGCCGUGGACGUCACGGGCCACGUCGAUAUUUUGGAGACAUGAUAGUAGCCAACCCUAACUCCCUCGGUCGCCCAGCUCGGUGCGGACGGCAACCCCGCAAAGAGGUA